AUGAUUGCUCAUGCUUCCAUUCCUCAAUUUUCAUCCGCAAGCGCAAACAACGAAGACAUCAUGCCUUUCAUCGAGCUCAGAGGGAAGUCCCUUAUCUUUAUCAUUCUGAUCACCUCUGGGGUUGAUUUUCUCCUCUUCGGCUAUGACCAAGGUCUUUUUGGUGGUAUUCUUGCUGGUGAGCGAUUCCAGCAGAUGCUUGGCCAGCCGAACCCUACCAUGAGUGGUCUCGUUACAGCAAUCUAUGAUAUCGGGUGCGCCUUGGGAGCCGUUGGUGCCUUUGUUUAUGGAGAGAAAAUUGGCCGGAAAAGAUCUAUCAUCUGGGCAAAUGUGAUCGUCAUUGUCGGUGCCACAAUUCAGACGGCUUCUUACAAUUACUGGCAAAUGUUCGCCUCGCGCAUCAUCGCCGGUGUUGGUGUCGGUCUAAGCACAGUUGCUGUCCCAAUUCUACAAUCGGAAACCCUCCCAGCUCACAAUCGAGGCGCACUCCUGGUAGUGCAGUCUGCUCUCAUUAUUAUCGGAGUUGCCAUAGCAUCAUGGCUUUGCUUUGCAACCCUUUAUGCAAACAACUCCAUGCAAUGGCGCUUUCCAGUGGCUUGCCAAGUCUUAUUCUCACUCAUCGUCCUGGUCCUAUGCAUCUGGAUUCCCGAGACACCAAGGUGGUUGGCACAACACGGACAGAAGGACAAAGCUCGACACGUCAUUGCCUGCCUCCUAGACAAGCCAGAUGAAGACCAUGAAGUGGAAGGCCAACUUUCGGAGAUCUUGGAGAACAUUGCCGCCGAAAAUACCGAAGAAGAACCUACAUGGAGCGAGGUAUUUAGCAACGCCACACGAGCCAGAAACCUUCAACGAGUUCUCCUCGGCAUGGGACCUUAUAUGAUGAAUCAAUGGAGUGGCAUCAACUCGGUCUGUUAUUACUGCGCUUAUAUCCUACAAGAAUAUCUGGAUUAUUCGCAAAGUAUGGCUCUGAUUCUCGCCUCUGUCGCAUUCACGCAAUAUGCCAUCUUCUCCUGGCCACCAUAUUUCUACAUCGACCGCAUUGGACGUCGUUGGACGGUCAUCUACUCAUCUGCUGGAUGCGCCAUUUGCAUGGCUAUUAUCGCGGGCUGUCUUCUGAAGACAACACAUUCUGCAACAGCGGCUGCAGUGGCAUUCAUAUUUUUAUACCUGGAUUGCUUUACAAUGGGUAUCUUGCCCGUGUCGUGGUCUUAUUCGGCAGAGAUUCAACCUCUCCGUGUACGGAACAAGUCAACUGCUGUGGGAGUCUUCAGUCACUGGAUGUCGAAUUUUGUGGUUGUGAUGGUUACUCCUAUCGGCCUAGACAAUAUUGGGGGAAAUUAUUUCUGGAUCUGGGCAAUCGUCUGCGCUUCAUUCAUUCCCCUGACAUACUUCUUCGGCGUCGAAACCUCAGGUCGUACACUCGAGCAAGUCGAUCAAAUGUUCUUCGAUGAACCUCGCAUACUGAUGGGUCUGAAUGCAAAUCACAGACGCGUGCUUCACCAGAGUGCCUCUGAUGAAGAGCAACGCUUCAAGCAAUUUGGGGAGAAGCGAGCUUCGAUCUCCCAGACAGAAGAUGUCGAGAAGUCAUAA